AUGCCAUCCAAAGAAUAUUAUCUUGCAAAAUACUUUGAAAAAACAAAAGAAAAAGCUAAUAAGUCUAAUGUUUUUUCUAUUUGCAAGUUUUGUAUUAAAGGUCUUAGUUAUAAUGUUGCUGUAGUGCAAUUAAAAAUUACUCAUAAAAGCCAUGACUGUAAAAAUUAUCUUAAAUCAUGUCAAUUUUUUCUUGCUAAAUAUUCAUAUGAAAAACAACAAGAAAUUUUAAACCUACCAGAUGAAACAAUUGAAAGUUCUUCAACAAGUAUGAAAAAAAGAAGGUUAAAUUUAUUUAAUAAAACUAUUGAAGAUUCAGAAGUACAAAAACUUAUACAAUUUUUAAAUCCAUCAGCUACUUUUCCUAGUCAAUUAGAUUUUUCAAAUCAUAUUUUAAAUCAGGAAUUAGAAAUAGUUUUGGAAAAUAUUAUUCAGCCUGCGAUACAAAAUAAUCUUAAUGUUAUCUUAUCAUAUGAUAGUUGGAAAAAU